CUCAGAGAGAGACUGUUCUGGUUCAAACCAGUUGGGCGCAUCGCCAUUGGAAGAAGACGGACGGUGUGAGCAAGGGCUCCGCCGCGAGCUCCAGCCGCGAGCUCCAGCCACGAGCUCCCCCACGUCCCCACACGCCAAAUACAGGAAUACGGCUCGCUGGCUCGCUCGCUCGCUCGUUCUGCUUCCCUCUGCUCCGACUGCACAUGUAAACACGCUCGGCUAUUGGUCGCGUCGCGUCACAUCACGUCACGUGACGUCCUGGCUGAAGCAAACGGGUAAAUAUAAGCGAGGGACGGGGGGCGGGAUGGGUUGAGGCUGAGCGCUGGAGAGCAGACGGCGCCGAGUCCGAACCUUCUCACGCAGACACUGGGCAGCCCGGUCCGGUCCGGUUCGGUCCGGUCCGACAUGCUCGCCACGUUCGCCACGCUCCGGUCUGUUGCUGAGGCUCCCUUCCAGCUCCGGAGUGCCGCUCCGCGACAGCCGCACGCCACUAUGACCGACGGGGAGGUGUCGCUGUUGGGCGCGGGCAUGGGCGUGGCCCUUUACCACCACACGCGGCCCCGGCGUCUCUACUGCCUGAACGGCGGCUUCCAUCUGCGCAUCCUGGCCGACGGCACGGUGGAGGGCAGCCGGGACGAGGACGACCCCUACAACGUGCUGCGUGUGAAAGCCGUCAGCAUUGGCGUCGUCGUCAUUGAGGGUAUGGAGGGGGGCUGCUACCUGGCCAUGGAUCAAGACGGGCAGCUUUACGGCUCGCCGACCCUGAACGACGAGUGCUACUUUUUUGAGAAGCUGGAGGAGAACCACUACAACACGUACAUGUCCCAGAAGUAUCGGGAGAGAAGCUGGUACGUGGGGAUCAAAAAGAACGGGCGCCCGAAAGCCGGACCCAGGACCCACAUCGGGCAGAAGGCCAUCUACUUCUUGCCCCGUGCGCUCGAAGGUGCGAGCGAAUGAAGAACGAGGAUCUGCUAACUGACCACGGCUGAACCAGCGCCUGAUCUGCUAUAGUGUCACUGUAUGGACUCAUCACUGCUGUCCCACAUCAUCCAGAACACACACACACACACACACACACACACACGCACACACACACACUAUUGCUGCUCACAGAAAUCUGGAAUUUCUGUCACUACUAAUAUGUGAUUAUUACUCACCUGUACUUGCACCGCAGUAGAAGUACUUUGCACAUUCGUGUUUGGAAUCCUUCGUGUCACUCAUUUUCGCACUAAUGAAUCACAACCGCUUCAGUUAAGUUUACUAUUUAAUUCAUUAGAUGCUUUAUUUUUUUUUACUUGAAAGUAUAAGAUGUGUCUUUCUAUAGGUUGAAAUUUCAGCUUUGCAUCUUUAAUUUAUACUUGCGUAUUUAUUUAUCGUAAGGGUACAUAUACAUUAAAUUUGUAAUAUAUAUUGCACUUCAUACAUCUUUGACUAAUGAUGAACUGUAAUUUAAAUGGUUUUACAUAAAGAACAGGUAACAUAUAAUCUAGAGAAUAUAAAUAUAGAGAAAACAGCUAAAUUCACUUCCUGAGCCUUUCCUAUGUCAUAUCAUAAGUUGUUCCGUGAGACUGCAUUUUUGCAGUAUUGCUGUAAUUUGUUGUAUAAUUUUCAACAUUUACAGUACUUCUGGCAGUGUUCUGUAUGUUAUGUGUGAUUCACACCAAGUAAACCUACUGUAGAGAUUAUAUUCACGGUCUGUGAUAAUGCAACUACUGUUAGUG